CUAAGCCGAGGGACCGGGCGCGGCUGAGCUACGGCGGCUGGGCCCAGCACGGGCGGGGCCGGACGUGAGCGCACUUCCGAGGGAAGGCGGGGCGGGGCGGGGCCCUAUCGCGGCGAGGCGCCGGGCAUGGCGGCAACAAAGAGUACUGCAGCUGUUGCUCCAAAAAGAUCUGUCUUAUCUGUAAGUGCAAGAAAAAUUAAAGAUAACGCAGCAGACUGGCAUAAUUUAAUGAUGAAAUGGGAGACCCUGAAUAAUAAUGGAUUUAGUACCGCAAACAAAAUUGUAAACUUGAAAAUUGGCACACAAUUUAAAGAUAACAAGCUGGAGAUAGAAUGUGAUAACAUUGCCUCUGACUGUGGAAAGCUGUCUCCAGACUACAAUGAAGAACUUGAGAUGUUCUGUGCAGAAUUGCUUGGGACCUUGGAAAACAUGGCAAAAAUACAACUGAAAAUGGAAAAACUAUGUUCAACUACUAAAGGCAUUUGUGACUUAGAAACAUACCAUUAUGAAAAUGGAGAUUGCAGGACACCGCUCUUUCACACAUGGCCCACUACGUACUUCUAUGAGGUUUCUUUCAAGCUCACUGAAAUGUACAAGAAGGAACUACGACUUAAGCAAACGAUUGUGCAAGAGAUUGCUCAUACUGCUGACCAAGAUCUUAUGAUGGUUUAUUUAUCUUCUUGGUUGUACCAGCCCUAUAUUGAAAACAGCAAUAAACUACUGCUAGAAAGCAUGUUGCUGGAAACAGGACAUAGACAAGUGUAGCGUUUAAGACUCCUUCUAAUGAUACUCAUGUGACACUGAACCAGCAACAAACUGAAAGGUUAAUUAUAUGUUGUAUUUUUAUAAGGUUAUUAAAAUCUUUUUCCUCUGUUU